CUGCCAUCUUUAUUCUAAAAUUUAGCCUAGAUCUAAUGGAAAAAGAAGAAGUCAUGGAACAACAUAUAUUUGUAGCAGAGCAAUUAAGCAAUGUGCAAAAAAAUAACGAAAUAUUUAAAUGUAAUAACGUCAUUAUAGGAAAUUUUAUUAAUAAUGUUAAAAAAGUAACAGAUAAAGCAAUUAAUCAUCAAGUUGAUGAAAUGACCUAUGUUAUUGAAGAAAAUCAGAAUGUUUUAGAUUUGGAUAUUAAUAAUGAACAUUCUACAACCCUUCACAGAGCUACACCAAUUAACUCUUUACUGGACAAGGAACAUAAUGAGAAAUUAGAAACAAAUACUAAUUCAACUAGAGAUUCAUUAAACUUGUCUGAAAAAGCAAAUAUAACUACUUCACAAGAAGAUUUGUUAAGUAUAAAUACAACCCAUAAAGCUUCUGAAGCAAAAAGAAAAAGUCAAAAUAUAUGGGUUAAGGAAUUAGUUUUGACUACAAAAGCUGCAGAUUUGAAAGAACUUUUUGAUAAAUAUGGAAAAGUUAUGGGGGUUAAAGUAAUUUCAACAUCAACAACUCCUGGAUCUAAAUGUUUUGGUUUUAUUACUAUGUCUAGUCACGAAGAAGCAAUUGUAUGCCUCGAAAAAUUGGACAAAACUGAAUUUAAUGGCAAUGUCAUAUCAAUAUCUUUGGCCAAAUCAGAUCCUACUAUUCCUAGGAAUGUUGAUAGCAAAGUUAAAAAGACUAGGCACAUUAAACUUUCUAAUGACAAAACCUUCACCUGGAACAGUAAAAAGAAAACUAUAAAAUUGCUAAAUACCAGCCAAAAGACUUCUAAAAAAGUUCCAAAAGAAAAUGAAAAUCUGAAAAGGGAUAGUAAAUCUAAGGCAAAAAAUGAACUAAAAAGCCUUCCACAAGAUAAAAAACCAUCCUCAAUUUCAAGAGAGAAAAAAAUUGAUAAAAAAAUUAAUAAAUCUAUCAUCAAACCUACCAAAUUAUCUUAUAGUUCCUAUUAUAUGAGACAAAGGCAAGUCUUCUUGAGAAAACAACGUGAGAGGGACAUGUUAAAACUGCAAAGGGAAAAAAUGGAUGUUGAAAAACAAAGGGAUCAAUCAAAUUUUUAUAACAAAACAGCUAAUAAUUAUGUUAGGCCUCCUGCAUACCAAAGGAGGACAUACAACUUAGGUACAAAUCAAUAUAGACACAGAAGGGAAAAUAAUCAACCAUUAUAUAGAUCUAUGAAAAAUCAACCAGCAUAUACAAAUAGUUUUAGAUAUUUACGAGCACCUUUGAUUAGAAACCAAUUUCAAAAAAAUGAAAGUUCCAGCAAAUAUGGUGGCAUGAGCAUACAACAACGUUAUACACAACAUAAGAGAACUAAUUACGGAAACAACUAUCUCAAUGCAAAACAAUCAUAUGCUGUUGGUUAUAAUGAAAAGCUACGUUUUUCUGAUAAACAUCGAGACGAAAGGCCAGAUUACAGUAACUAUAAACUUCCUUACCAAGACACAGAUGCACCAAUCCGAAGCAUCGUUACCAAAGUAGACAAGCCUGCUUAUUUCUCCAGAUUUGUGCCUGAUAGACAUAAUGAACCUAUAUCUAUUAAUUAUGGUUACAAUACACGAGGCGGUAAUUUUUCGCGUGUUACUCCAAGAAUGAGAAACAACGAUCGAUAUGGAGAAAAGGAGAGAGGUGCCGAUUCCUCUCAACGAUAUUACUCUGCAAGGUUAAAAAAGGAGAGAACAGACGAUUCCUUUCAACGAUACGACUCCAUUAGGUUAAGCAGUAAACGUGCAAGUCCUUUUCAUUACAAAGAUGGGAAUAGAAGAAUUCUAGAAGAGACAAAAAACAUUGAUCGUUUUGCAAUCACUCCUAGGUCCAAAGUUUAUUCAGAUGAAACUAGAUACAGACUCUCUUAUGUAGAUGGCCAGGCAACAUCUCUACACAAGAAACAGAACAGGCAAUUUUCUCCACCACCAAAUCUAAAACGUUCGAUGGUCUCUCAGCAUUAUCUCUCACAACCGCAUACUCAUUAUGGCCGAGAAAUCGGUAGGGAUAAUGAUAAAAAGUAUUAUCAAGCUCUUGUGCCUCCUCACCACUUACCAACCAUUUCUCAUUACGAUGCUCGUAAAUACUCUGUAAAAGUUAAUGAUUACAUACCUGCACCACUAACGUCUAAUACAGCCCAGCGUGUUAGGAGAAAAAGUCAAUCACCCUCACAGAUGGAUCGUUCCCAUCGUUACACCAACAAUGCCACUGGUAGUAACAAAAAGAGGUUUUGCAAUGAAGAAAUAAUACCUAGAUUGUCGCCACAAUCAGUUAGGAACCAUGCUCAAGUUAAGCGUAGAUCGGGGAUUGAACCUUUCAGAUAUACAUAUGGAGAUCACCCAAUGGAUAAUUCGAGCAGUUUGGCUAGUCUAAUCUUGAACAAUAACCCCAGCAAUGAUAGAUAUGGUCAUCGACCUCAUACUUAUUUUCGAUCAAACAAACCAUCCUCACCCCCUACUUCCUCAAUUCCCUCUCACCUUCAUAGUAGAAAUAGCCGACGUCAAGAUGUUGUAUACAAUCAAAGAGAGAGAUUGCAUAAACGUUAAUAUGUAUGAUGAAAAGAUUUAUGAAGCCAAUGGAUAUAUUUUAAUGCUUUAUGUAUCUAUAUCAUAUAAUUAGAUGUAAGAAGUUAAUAAACAUUAUUUUAAAAAUUAAUUAAAUUUAUAUUUUUUUAUUUGUAUUUAGUCAUGAUAAAAAUAAAUAAAAUAUAGGGAUAUUUAUACAUUUAUUUUCUUUAUUUCAAGACUGUACAGAUCUAUUUUUUCCUCUCCAUUUUUGAUACGCUAUUUUUAUUGAUUUAUAAUAACUAUGAACAUUGCAUAACACCUAUUUGAGAAACUUUUAUCGCUUAUUAUAGAGAAUCCACAUUUGCAAAUACAGUGCCACGAAAUUAUCGGGCUUGUGUUUUA